UUUUUUUUGUUGUAAAAAAGUUAAUACAUAAAAUACUACAACAAAACUCAAGUAAAAAAUAAAUACUAUUAAAAAUAAAAAGUAUUAUAAAUACUUAUAAAAAUGGAUUUUUUAUCUGGAGUGACUUUGUUCAAAGCUGAUGGCUCUAGUGGCUUAGCAGACAACAUACUUAGUGAAAAGGAUUUUGUGCUUUAUUAUUUCUCAGCUCAUUGGUGUCCUCCAUGCAGACAGUUUACACCUGUGUUAAAAGAAUUUUAUGAAGUUGUAAAAGAUUCUGGUGUAGAAGUUAUUUUUAUAUCUUCUGAUAGAAGCCAUGAAGAUAUGAUAAGCUACAUGAAGGAAGCUCAUGGUGAUUGGUAUUGUCUGGAAUAUGGCUCUGCUUUAGUGACUAAAUUGAAGGAAAAAUUUGGCAUUAGAGGAAUACCUACAUUAAUUGUUUGCAGAAAGGAUGGGUCUCUAGUUACGUCCAAUGGUCGUAAUCACGUUUCUGAAAAAGAACCAUCAGCAGCCGUUGCUGAUUGGAGAAAAUAGAAUUGAUUUUUUAAAGCCCACUUAAAGCGUCUGCUUUUUAGAAACACAUACUUAAAAUCUUUCUAAAAUUUAAAUUUAAAUGUAAAAAAAUGAAUGUUAUAAGUUAUUCAUAAUUUAUGCAUAAUUUGUUAACUAAUUGUUAUUUAAAUGUAUUUUGUGUAUUUGCAAUAGUUUUGUAAAGUAUGAUUAAAUUAAAAUAGUUUGUAUAAUUGAUUAAAUUAAAAUUUGAUGUAAAGCCUUUUUAUGAUAAAAAAAAACAACUUUAAA